UCCCGCUGCGUACGGUUUGUUAUUUUCCUCCCGGCAGACGCGGUUGAGCUCCAACCUGUGUAGCGACACGUUAAGAGGCGCUCGGAGCAGGUUUGCCGUGGCGUGUGAGUCGGUAUGGGCUGGUUCCGCCUCAGGGACGCCGUUUCUGUUUUUAAAGAGAUUUGCUUAAAAAAGUGAAUGAAUAACACACCGGCUCAGUUUCAUUAUUAUCUUUUUUUUUAACUUACUGCAUCGACAUCACAGGAACAGUGGAUUCAUCCUCACCUCGUCCAUCGAGAGAAGCAUCCCGAUAACAUCGGCGUUGUAAAAAGAGUCACGUGACUUCCUGUCUGCAGGUGUGUCUCUGCGGCGCUUUAGUUCAUCGGGAAUGAGAAGUCGACCGCAAGAGAGCGGCGCGGAGGGAGCCAGCAUUUGCUCCCGCCUGUGCAUUUUAUUGCAACUGUGCAUGCCAUUCUGAGUGUGUGUGUGUGUGCAUGCCAUUCUCCCUGUUUGUGUGUGUGUGUGUGUGUGCAUGCCAUUCUCCCUGUUUGUGUGUGUGUGCUUGUGUGCACACUCUCUCGCUCUUAGUUUCCAUUUGCUGGUACCGAGUGUGUCAAAAUAACACCUGCCGUCUUCACAGGAGAUUUGCGACGCCUUCUCGGCGAGCUCCAGCCCCUUCCUGUCGGGUUACCCCGGCCACUCCCCCAUGACCUCUGACCCCGCGUACAGGACGGGCAACCCCAGCGGCCUGCACAUGGCCCAGCUCUGGGCGUCGCACGCUCACGAAGGCUACCCUCCGCUGCCGAGCAGCCUGUACUCCAGCCCCUACCUGUCCCUGGGGCACCUGGACCCCCCCUCGCUCUCGCAGCACCCGCUCUACGACUCUCAUAAAGAGGGCUUUUACCUGCCAGCCUCCUUGAGCCAGUUGCCCCUCCACCCUCCGUCUGGCCCUCCGGCCGCCCCCACCAGCUCCACGCCGCCCCAGAGGACGACCCGGGACCUGGGGGCGAGGGACCGCCCUUAUCGGGUGGAGCGGUCGAGGGAGGAGCAGAGGCCGCACGGCGUGGUGGACCUGACGCAGGACGGGAGGAGAGACGAGGAGCGCCGGGCGAGGAGCGGCGACCGGGACCGCGAGAAAGAACGGGACACGGACAGAGAGCGGGAGAGCUGUCUCUUCCACCCCCACGAGCAGAAGCCACACCCCCAGCCUUCCGCAGUGCGGCCCAGAUCCAGGCCGUCGCCCCCUCGACACCCCUUCGCUUCUGGCGGCGGCGGCGGGCGGUUUCACGGACAAGAAACGGAGCGAGGGGGUCGGGAGGAAGAGGGGGGCUCGCGACCCAACGCCAACGCAAACUCCAAAAACUCAAACUCCCACGCCGAGAAGCCGCGGAGGAACGACUCCGUGGCCACGUCGGCCGGGACCCUCCACGUCUCCUACGCCCUUCCUCCGGCGCUUCAGCCCUCCGCCGCCGGCCCGCCCAGGGACUCGACGAGGGAGCAGCGGGUCAGCGCGCCGACAUAUGUGCCUUCUGUGGAGGUGUACGACGAGCGGGUCGGGCCCAUCCAGAUCGCCUCGCAGGCCCGCGACAACAAACACAGGGAGCGGGAGGCGGAGCGGGAGAGCUCCAGGUUUCCCGAGAGGAGCCUGACAGAGCAUCCCCGGCUCUCCCAGUCCGGCGACCAAAGCAAUCAAAGAGAGGAAGGUUCUGUCAUCUGCUCCAACGGGUCCAUCGGGAAGCGAGCGCAGGACGCGCCUCACCCCUCGACUCAAUCACGGUUCAGUCCGGAAACCAGGGACGUCUCUAAACACUCGAUCCGAUUGGGCAUCGAGCGGGCGGGGGCGGAGCCCAAGUGGAACGCCAUCAGCCCGUUGGCCAACUACGCCACCAGUCACAUGGCCGCCCUGGCGGCCCAGCAUGCGCACUCGCACCCCCCCUCCCCCCACGGCCAGCCCAAACGCACACCGGUGACUCACUCGCCUCACGCGGCCCACCGGCCGGCGAGCAACGCGCACUCCUCCGCCCACGGCCAUUCCCCCCAGGCGCAACCCCCCCAACACGGGCGCGCCGGCGAGGAGGCGGGUCAGAGGCGCUACCUGGACCCGUCGGCGCUCUACCGACCCGGCGGGUCGCUGGCGGGAGAGCGGGGCGGGGCGGCGGGGUCGGAUCCCGCGGAGGUCUCGGCCAUGCAGAGUCUGAUUAAGUACAGCGGGAACUUCGCCGCGGAAGGUCCCGGGUCCGCGAGGCACGCCGCGGACGGCCGGGGGCCCUUCGGCGGUCUCGCCAAAGUCGGGACGGACGCCGAACGGGAGAGGGAUAAGGAGAGGGAGAGAGACGGGGGCGAGAGGGAGCGAGAGAGGGACAGGGCGUCGGGCGGCUCGGGGCCGUUGAGGAUGCCGCCGCAGCUGAAGCGAGAGCAGGAGCGGCCGGACAGCGCCCGCUCGUUUGGCCGGGAGGGCGAGGGCGAGGUGCGCCACCCUCCGGUCGGCAUCGCCGUGGCCGUGGCCCGGCAGAGGGACAGCGGGAGCGCCGGCAAGCCGACCGGCGGGCCCUCGGACGCCCAGAGGAGCCUGCUGCAAACCGCCAUCAAAGAUGAGGAGCGCGGGGAGGAGCGCGGCCGUCACCACGAUGACAGACUACUGGCCGGCCGGCUGGAGCGCGAGCAGGAGAAAGUGCUCCGAGAGUCCAAGGAGCUGUCUGAGUUCACCCAGAUGCACCCCGCCCCGAUGUCCAGCGGCCUGACGCCCGGCAUGAUGACGCCCAGCCUCAUGACCUCCAACCUCAUGGUCACGGGAGGGGCCGCCCUGGCGGGGGCGGGGCAGUGGCCUCCCGACCCCUCGACUCUGACCUCUCACCCCUGGAUGCCCCGACCCGGAGCCCCCCCUGUCUGGCUCUCCAGCUCCUCGUACAGUCUGGGUCCUUCCUCGAUCCACCAGAGCCUCCCCCCGGACUACCCCCCCUCUCUGCAAGGCGCCAUGCCCCCCCACUACCAGUUUGCCAGGGACCCGCAGUCUGGACAGCUAAUAGUCAUCCCCGCUGAACACCUGUCACACUACGGAGGAGAUGUCCUGGAGCGCGGAGCCCCGGUGUGGCCGGGGGUGUACGGCGCCGGCAGCUCUCUGCAGCACGCGGCCCAGCUGCAGCUGCUCUCCCAGCAGCAGAUGCUCCGGCAACAGGAGCUGCUCAUGAUCCAGCAGCACACGGCGCAGGUCCUGGAGCUGCAGAGGAACGCUCAGCUCGUCGAGCGCCUCAAGGCCGGCGAGCACCGGCCGGAGAUGGACGACAAGGCGGACAAGCGGACCGCCGACCCCAAGCCUCGGCCCUCCUCGCUGUCGUCCCCGUCUCCCUCGCCCAUCCCGCACCACCACCGCAAGCCCCCGCCCCUCUCUCGCUCGCCGACUCCGUCUACCUCCUCGCUCGGCCCGCUGCCCUCGCCGGUCGCCGCCCUCAAGUCGGAGGAAGGCGGGCAGCAGAGGGCGUCGUCUCACCCGCCGGCGCCGCCGCCUCACCCGCCGUCCCCCCGUUCGGCCUCGCCGCCGUCGUUCUCGCCGCGGCGGCCGAAACUGGAGGCGGGGCGGCGGGAGCAGAGAGAGGGGCAGAAGGCGACGUCGGCGACGUUUCAAGGCAGCUACUCUGAUCUCCCUCACGGUUACCCCUACCAGUCCAUCGCCGCCCCGUACGGCUCCCCUUACCCCCCCUAUCACGUCCCAGCUGCCUCUGCUGCAAACACAGAGGUGGUCCCGCCCCACCGCUCCCGCUCUCCCGCCGCCGCCGCCCCGUUGCCCUCGGCCCACCUCCUCCAUUCAAGGCUGCUGGACGCUGACGUCAAGCCGCAGAAACUAGAGCCGUCCAAAACGAGCUCGUUCCUGAAGCAGGAAGCGGGUACGGAGCGGCCGCUGCUCGACAUGACGCCGGACCACCGGGGUCCUCGCCGUGGUCUCCCAGAAGACCACGGCGACCCGAAGCCCCAAACUCAACCGCUGCCUCUGCUCGUGCCCGGCCCUCCGCGGCUUCUAAGCGAGAGACCGGAGGAAGUCGGGCGGAAGGACGAGGAAGUCGGGCAAAUAAAAACGGAGGCGUCGUCGUACUCUUACCCCCCGCCGCCUCCGCUCACGAAGGUUGAGCCCAAACCAGAGGUCAUCCGAGAUCCAGGACAAUUCUCGCCGUGCGCCGCCGCCGCAAUUUCCGACCGCCGGAUCUCGUCUCAGACGUGUCCGCCGCUGGAGCGGAUCCCCGGCGCGGCGUGCGAGCGAGAGCAGCCGGACGCUCGGAUCCACUCGCUCGCGCCCGGCCCAAAAGAACACGUCAACGAAGCUCCCGCGUAUCCUCCUCCGCCCUCCGUCUCGCCGCUCCCGCUGGUCAUCGGACCCGAGGACCCCAUGGCUGGGAUGUUCGCUCUGCUGGCGGCCAGCGAGAUGGCCCAGGCCCGCCCCGACACGCUGCCCACCCUGACGCUCAUCGGACACGCGUCCAGCGGGGCGGACCGCAGCAGCACGGGGGCUCUGGAGAUGGUGGCGCUGGACGGGAUGGCGCUGCUCAGCCAAAUGGCCCAGCGGGAGAUGGAGCACAUUCGCCUGGAGCAAGAUAUGACGUUAGAGGGUCUGGACUCCCUCCUGAAAGCCAGCAGGCAGAUUCUGUUGGAGGCCAUCGAGAAACAGUCCCACGUCGACCUGCCCCGAACGCUGGACCCCAACAAGAAGUACAGCUGGAGGCAGAGGAAGGAGGAGCCGUUGUACGGUAAAUUGUCCGUGGACGUGCUGGACGCGGUGGAAGUGGAAUACCGCAUCCACCUGGCCGAGCUGCAGAGCACCUACAGGGAGAAGCAGCGAGAUCUGAGCAAGCUGCAGCGGCGCCGAGACAAGCGGGAGAGGCAGCAGGAGGAUGAGAGGCGGAGUCUCACCAGGCGGGGCAGAGGACGACCCAGGAAGAGGAAACACUUAGCCACGCCUCCCAAACUGGACAGCAGGCCUGUAAAGGUGGGUAGGACCCUGCAAUACUCCGAGGACUCUGAAGCUGGGGACGGACAGAAAAAGAAGUUCCGGGUGUCUCGAGAAGAGGAGGAGAUGGAGGCGGGAAGUGGAGGAGUGAAGAUGAAGAAGAAGAAAAAGAAGAAGAAGAAGAGCUGGAAUGAUUCAGAACCAUCCACCAGUUACGGUCUGGAGGUGUUGAAGGUGAAGCGCGGCCUCGAGAGCGAGCAGGAGCAGCAGCUGGCGUCCGACCUCGACCGGGCGCUCUCGCUCUCGCAGCUCAGCUCGCUCGCCGCUCCUCGCAAAUUCGCCUUCGCCUCCAAGUCCGACAGGCCGAAGGGAAAGUCGGCGGAGGGUCGGGCGGCGGAGCGCGGCAUCCACUCGUCCUUCGCCGCCAAGGCGGGGAAACACAAGGCGGACGCCAAGGCCUCCUCCGCUCUGGAGAGCGCCCGGAAGGUGAAAGGUCAGAAGAACAACGCUGUGUUCUCUCCGAUGAGAUCAGAGCUCAGCAGCUGCUCCAACAACUCAGAUUCAGAGGAGCACAGUUCUGCUCGGUGGGGCUGGCCCCCUCUCUCAGGGACGCGCCCUCACGACAACCCGGCCAGGAAGAGGCGAUCGGCGGCGGCGGCGCCCGCGCCCCUGCUGUCCGGCGCGAAGGCUCAGAAGAAGAAACACAAGCACUUAUCGCUGCUGCUGGAGGAGGCCGGCCUCAGCUCCUCCGACGACUCCUUCGACCAAGAAACGUCCGAGGAUGAAGACGACGAGGAAGAGUCCGACUCGGACGCCGAAGAUGGCGGCUGCGAGGAGAGCGGGCUCGGCCUGCUGGCCCGGUUCGCGGCGAGCGCGCUCCCCGUCUGCUCCACGCCGCUGAGCUUGUUCCACGACGGCAAACAACGCAGCAGGCAAAGCACUCUGGGGUCCUCUGAGUGCGAGUGGUCAGACUUUGGGUCCGACCUGCGCCUGAGGAAGUUUCCCUCUCUGCUGCACGGCAAACGCUCCGCCCCCGAGCUCCCCCUGUUGCCCCCGGCAACCCGCCGCAUCGACCAGACCAGCCCCUCCAAGCGGGACGACGUGCCGCCGGCCAAACGCAAGCCGCCGCCGCCGCCGCCCAAACCCACGCUGCGCUCGCCGCGGCCGUUCAGCUUCGACCUCCCCGCCUCCGGCUUCGGGGGCUUCAGCGAGGACGAGGGCUGGACGCGGCGGCGCAGCGAGAGGAUCUUCCUCCACGACGCCACCGCCUCGGCCAAUCAGACGCCCGCGUCGGCCACCGCUUCCACCAGUCAGAGCUCCUCCUCCUCCAGCUCGGCCCCGCCCCCAACCCCGAAGCCGGUCUGCAGACCCAAACCCUCUCCGCCCGGCAGGGAGGGGAAAGACGCGGUGAAGAAGAGGCCGAAGGACGCUCCUCUGCCCGUGAGCCCGUCCGCUGCGUGCGGUCCAAUCCCAGACGCCCCAGCGCCGCCGAGCCUCGGCCCGCCAUGCAAGAGCCAACCGAAGGUCAAGCCCAAGGCCAGAGAGCCCUCCAGAGGCGCCGUCAGCCGGCUGAUGGCGAGCAUGGCGGCGGACGAAGACUUCGAGCCCAACCAGGACAGCAGCUUCAGCGAGGACGAGCUGGCCCCGCCCUGCGGCGGCGUAUCGGAGAAGUCCUCCGCGCCGGCUCCGGUGCAGUGUGUGUUGGAUAAGGACUCCCUGGUGGACGGACUCCGAGUUUUGAUCCCGAUGGACGACCAGCUCCUGUACGCGGGACACGUGAACACCGUCCACUCCCCUGACAUUUACAGCGUGGUGGUGGAGGGGGAACGAGGGAACCGGCCGCACAUCUACUGCCUGGAGCAACUGCUGCAGGAGGCCAUCGUCGACGUGAAGCCCCCGUCCGUGCGCUACGUCCCGGAGGGCACGCGCAUCGCCGCCUACUGGAGCCAGCAGUACCGCUGCCUCUACCCGGGCAGCGUCGUCAGCGGAAGUGCCGAUAUCGACGAGAAUGACGAUCUCAUCACGGUGGAGUUUGACGACGGGGACACGGGCCGCAUCCCCCUCUCCCACAUCAGACUGCUGCCGCCGGACUACCAGAUCCACUGCGCCGAGCCGUCCCCCGCGUUGCUCGUGGCGAGCUGCUCCAGGAGGCGCGUUCGCAAAUGCAGCAAAGAGGGCAAAGAGCCGGGAACCAAGCCGGAGGAGAGCGGCCCGAAGAUCAAAGGGAAGCCCGGCCGCAAACCCAAAGCCAAACCGGAGACCUCUUUGAUCGCCAAAAAAGCGGAUCCUCCAUCUUCCUCCGCCCAGCCCCCGGAGAGACCCCCGGCUCCAGCCAAGCCGCCCCAGGACAGGACCUCCUCCGCGCAGGAGAAGCCCCGGCCGGCCUCUCGGCCAUCGAUGGGAUCGACCCAGACGAAACCGGAGCGCAAAAGCUCCACCACGCCUCCGGCGAGCAGCCCCUCCCUUCCCAACCCGGGGCCCAGGAAGGCCGGCUCAGCCCCGCCUCCUGCUCCUAAACCAGCCCGUGCUCUCCCUCCCUCGCUCUACCCCUCCACCUAUGGAAAGGUCCUGACUGUGGAUCUGUACAGCGAACCCAACCUCAGCUCGUACAACAGCCAGCGCAGAGAGCGGGAGAGCAGCGGCGCCAGUCCCACUGCCAACAGGCCGAUGUCCAGACCCACGAUGGCGCCGUCGUCUACCGCCCCCAAGCCCAGUGCUUCGUCCACGUCCAGACCCACUUCGGCUUCACCCAAAACCAAACCCUCCUCGGACCAUCACAGCGGCUCCAGACCCGGCCACAGCUCUGGACUCGUACCUGGACCCGCCUCCAGGCUGUCAACAGGCAAACCGGGCUCUUCACUGACUCCUAGACCUUCGUCAUCAUUACCGUCAUUGUCAUCAUCAUCAUCUGCCCCUAGACCCAAAUUGAAGAUGCCGUCCGACCAGCUGUCCUCCAGGCCCAGCUCCGCCUCCAGGCCCAGCUCCGCCUCCAGACCCAGCUCCGCCUCCAGACCGAGCUCCGCCUCCUGGCCCAAGCCCAGCUCGGGGCAAAGUGACGUGGGCUCAGCGGUGAGACGCAAGUCCCUGUCUGCAGAGCCCCUCGUGAAGCUCGACCAUGAAGGCGUCACCUCCCCCAAGACCAAGAAGACCAAGGCUCUGAUGUUGCUCGAGGGUCGAGGCGUCAGAGGAGACCACGCCCCCAUCGCCACGGCGACAGCCAAUCAGAAACUGCUGAAUGCUCGGCCGAAAGCCCCGGAGAGAGAGUCCGGCCCGCAAGAGAAAGACUCCGCCUACAAAGCCCCACCGAUGCUGGCCAAGGAGAAGGCGGAGAGUCGGGGGAGUGCUGGCAGAGGAGAGGAGAUGGACACAAGGGAGGAGAAGGGUAGAAAAGAGGAGAAGAAGGAGGUGGAGAAAAGAGAGGAGAGAAAGAUUAAAGAUGAAUCUCAGAGUAGCAGCAGCUCGGAGUCGGAGGAAGAAGGCGAGAAAGGCAAGUUGAAGAAGAAGAAGAAGAAAUGCACCUCGAGUUGCUCCUCGUCGUCCUGCUCCGGUUCCUCCUCAUCGUCUUCAUCGUCGUCCUGUUCGUCGUCCUCUUCCUCCUCCGAUGACUCUUCCUGCAGCUCCGAUGAAGAGAGGACCGCUACGCCUCCAGCAGGCCCCGUCAGCCCACCUCCGGUACAGGAGAAACCCAAAGAAGAGAUCAGGGAAGAAGAGGAGGAGGAAGAAGAGGAGGAGGAGGAGGAAGAAGAAGAAGAGCUGAAGCAGGAAGUGGAGGUGAAAGUGCAGGAGGAAGAGCUGUCUCCUCCCUCACAGUCGUCCUCCCCUUCGACCUCUCCGACUCCGCCCGCCAAACCCGCUAAGCCGGCGACGGGGAAGGGCUCGGGGCAGAGGGGCCGCCCCCCCAAGCCGAAGCCCAGUGGCGAGGAGGGGAAGGUGGGGAGGCCCAAGCGGCGGGAGGGCGUCCACCUGCCCACCACCAAGGAGCUGGCCAAGCGCCAGAGGCUGCCGAGUGUGGAGAACCGGCCCAAGAUCUCUGCUUUCCUUCCUGCCCGACAGCUCUGGAAGUGGUUUGGAAAACCCACCCAGAGACGCGGCAUGAAGGGCAAGGCCAAGAAGCUCUUCUAUAAGGCCAUCGUGCGCGGCCGGGAGAUGAUCCGCGUCGGCGACUGCGCCGUGUUCCUGUCGGCCGGCCGGCCCAACCUGCCCUUCAUCGGCCGCAUCCAGAGCAUGUGGGAGUCCUGGGGCAGCAACAUGGUGGUCCGGGUCAACUGGUUCUACCACCCCGAGGAGACCAACCCCGGGAAGAAACUCAUCGACAAGAAGAACUGGGACCAGAUGUGUGGUCAGUCUCUCCCGGCCGCGCUGCACUCGUCCAUCCAGAGGAAAGACUUCAUGGAGCGCGCCCUCUACCAGUCGUCCCACAGCGACGAGAACGACGUGCAGACGGUCAGCCACAAGUGCCUGGUGGUCAGCGUGGAGGAGUACGAGCAGAUGACCCACACGCGGCGCUACGCCGACAGCGAGGACCUCUACUACCUGGCUGGCACCUACGAACCCACCACCGGCAUGAUCUUCAACACCGACGGCGUCCCCAUCAUCUGCUGAGCGGGACGCCCGAGGAGCGACCCCCCCGACCCCCAAAGUCUAAUCACUGACCUUCACUCAUGACGGAUCUCCUCAAAGCAACACUCCCGACGCCGCGACACACUUCAAACCGCUCCGAGCUCAGAGGCUGGAGGCGCUCCAGACAGUAUUACAAGGAUUCCCCGGAGACCUUUGACCUUUGCACACACGGACUCCAUCGGCGCAGCUCUGCUCGACACACACACACACACACACACACGAGCAUUUCAGUCUCCCUUCACAUGUAAAUAUCCUCCCAAACGCACAGACGCAUGUAAAUAUCCUCCGCGUAGCACGCGGUUCUAUAGAGGGAAAUAUGAGUGUUUUAUUUUCAUGUAAUAGAUUUAUGUCAGAGUACUUUUUUCUAAAGAGGUUAACAGUCGAGAAGCUUUAAUGAGGAGGAGGAGGAGGAGGAGGAGGAGGAGGAGGACGUUGUGAUUGUGAUGUUGCCGUGGUGAUGUUGCAGUCGUCUAAAUGUAUCUACAGAGCAGCAGCAGACGGACGGAGAGACGCACAGAGAGAUAGAAGUAGAGACUCCUUCCAUCGCCGUCCAACGGAGAGCACUUCACACUUAAAGAGGUCUACGCUCCUUUAAUUUGACCCCUCGACAAUCCCAACGCGCGCUACGAACACCUCCCUCAGAGACUCGGGCCUAAAGGGAGAGAGAGAGAGAAGGAAAGGGAGAAGGGAGGAGGGAGUCUUGUCCUGAAGCACUUCCCGUGAGAAUCCACCCUGAGAACAUCUAAACACUACGAAACCAGCUGUUUCUGGUAUUUUGACCAUUUGUUUUGGCUGAGCAACAUGAUGGGGAGAC